AACCAUGAAAGCAAAGCAGUGGCCUUUAACCAUUUUAAUUUGGAGCUCCUUCAGCAGCCAUGGAAGAGAGCUUCAAUACUCAUUGCCGUCCCCACUUUGUCAUCGUCCCUAUGAUGGCUCAGGGCCAUAUGAUCCCUGCCGUCGACAUGGCUCGUCUCCUUGCCAACGGUGGCGCCACCAUCAGCUUCAUCACCACCCCUGUCAACGCCGCUCGCAUCCGCCCCAUCAUUAACCGAAUCCACAACACCCACCUCCCCAUCCACUUCAUCGAACUUCAUUUCCCCUCCGCCGAAGCUGGCCUCCCCGAAGGAUGCGAGAAUUUAGAUCUCAUACCAUCGGUGCAUCUCCUCAAACCAUUCAUCGAAGCCUUGCCCUUGCUCUCUUCUCAGCUCGAGAGUUUUCUCCAGCGAAGCUCCGCGCCAAAGCCCGACUGCAUCAUCGCUGAUUCCAUCCAUUAUUGGACGGCGGAGGCCGCGAGGAAAUUCGGGAUUCGGCGAUUGGUUUUUCAUGGACCAUCUUGCUUUUAUGUCUAUUGCUGUCAUGUUCUGAGGAAGAGGAGGACGUUGGAUGAGAUUGAGAACGAGUUUCAGGUGUUUGAGUUGCCGGAGAUGCCGGAGAAGAUAGAGCUGAUGAAGGCGCACGCGAGGAGAUGGUUGGAUUCGCCGGCGUUGGGUGACAUUAGGGAUAAGUAUUACGCCAGCGAGGAUGCGACGGAUGGGAUGAUUUUCAAUACUUUUGAUGAGUUGGAGCCGUGGUUCAUAGACAGCUACAGGAAGAAGGCCGUUGGGAAGAAGGUUUGGACAAUUGGCCCACUAUCCAUGUGCAACAAGGACAUGGAGGACCUGAUAAGCAGGGGAAAACCUUCUUCCUUCGACGCCGGCAAGCUCCUCCAAUGGCUGAACGGAAAAAGCAGCAACUCCGUCAUUCUCGUCAGCUUUGGCAGCAUAUCUUGCAAUCCGUUUCCUCAACUCAUAGAGAUCGGGUACGCUCUCGAAGCAUCUAAGGUCCCCUUCAUCUGGGUAGUCAAGGAAGCCGCCGCCAUCGCCGCCGCUGAGACAUGGAUAUCGGAGUUUGAGGAAAGAACGAGAUCAAUUGGGCUCGUGAUCAGGGGAUGGGCGCCGCAAUCGUUGAUCUUAUCGCACAAGGCUGUGGGGGGAUUCAUGACGCACUGCGGAUGGAACUCGACGCUGGAGGCAAUAGCGGCGGCGGUGCCCAUGGUUACGUGGCCCAGGUUUGCAGAUCAGUUUUUGAACGAGAGAUUGGUGGUGGAUGUGCUGAGGGUGGGUGUGGCAGUGGGGGGGAAGUCACCGCCGACGAGGUUGUCGGCGGAGGAGGAGAGGAAGGUUGAAUGGGUGAUUAGGAGGGAGGAAGUGGAGGAGGCAGUGAGGAAGUUGAUGGGGGGAGGGGAGGAGGCGGAGGAGAGGAGGAAGAGGGUUAGGGAGUUUGGAGUUAUGGCUGUGAAGUGCUCCCCUCGUCGGCGGUCGGACAUCCCUGCGGCCCGUGCCCGCGCAUUUAAACUGGGUUUCGUGCAGGAAUAUGCGCACCGGAGGUUCUGGCCUCAGUUUGUCCUGUGCUUCGGAUUCCUUAUCAGUUUCUUUGGUUUUGCGGUGAGGAAAGCUAUAUCUGCUACCGCUUUUACAGUGACAGGAGUUGUGAAUAAGUUUCUUACAGUUGGAAUCAAUGUCUUCAUAUUGGACAAACAUGCGAGUCCGUUUGGUUUAGUUUGCCUACUUUUCACUCUUGUAGGAGGUGUUCUUUAUCAGCAAUCGGAUUCUACCAAGGUGGUUCCUUCAGCGCACAAUGAAUCUGUUUCUGCAAAGCAGACAAAUUUUGUGGCUGGAAAAAGUGAUUCUGAUGAUGAAAAUGCAAAUAUGGAGAUCUCUUGUAAGGAUUGGGCUUUCAAGGUUCACAUGCAGCUUGUAUUCCCCUUCGACGAACUUUUCCAGAGGCCCAUGCUUGUGGGGUUCCAGCGUGACUACGCCUGGACUGGUUUGCCAAUCCAAAAAAUCUUUCGGGAGAGGGAAGCCAUGGAAGGGAUUAUCCAGACCAGAGGCCUUCUCUCUCUCCCCUCCAACCCCCAAGCCCGCGCCUUUCACCCCCUCCGCUCUCUUGGCGCUCGCCUCUACCGCAGAAGCUCCCGCCCCACCUACGCCCUCCCACCGUCGAUAUCCGUCAGAGCCCAAAACGCCAUUGAAAUCCGUAAUGGAUUCGGGCUCCGAGCGCAGAGCUCGUGGAAUCUAGUGGAAAGCUUGCCCUUUUCCGACGGCGAGCGGACAACGCGAGGUGGGUUGCGGAAGAGAGACGUUACGAUUGGAGCUGCAGUUCCGGCGGACGGAGCUGGGUUUACUAGCUCUGCAUCGGAAAAGGCGAAGCCCAAGUUUUUGGGAGUGGACACCACUACUUUGAAGAAGAUAGUCCCUCUCGGUCUCAUGUUCUUCUGCAUCCUUUUCAACUAUACUAUUCUGAGGGAUACAAAGGAUGUGUUGGUCGUGACGGCAAAAGGGAGCAGUGCAGAGAUUAUCCCCUUUCUGAAGACAUGGAUUAAUCUGCCUAUGGCUGUUGGAUUCAUGUUGUUGUACACCAAGCUAUCUAAUACUUUAUCAAAAGAGGCUCUUUUCUACACUGUUCUGUUCCCUUUCAUCGCUUUCUUUGGGGCUUUUGCGUUCAUCCUCUAUCCCCUGAAUAACGUUAUCCAUCCCACCGCUCUUGCUGAUAAGCUUCUGGCUGCUCUCGGACCGAGCUUCCUUGGUCCGGUAGCUAUCCUGAGGAUAUGGAGCUUUUGCUUGUUCUAUGUGAUGGCUGAGCUUUGGGGGAGCGUGGUCAUCUCGGUUCUGUUCUGGGGGUUUGCCAAUCAGAUUACUACUGUUGAGGAGGCCAAAGAAUUCUAUCCUUUAUUUGGCCUUGGAGCUAAUAUAGCUCUUAUCUUCUCUGGCCGAACCGUCAAGUACUUCUCGAACCUGAGGAAAACAUUGGGCCCUGGUGUUGAUGGUUGGGCAAUAUCUCUGAAGGGAAUGAUGAGCAUUGUAGUUCUUCUUGGUUUUGUGAUCUGUGGAAUCUAUUGGGGAGUGAAUAAGUUUAUUGUAAAUGAUCCUUCUGUUCCUAGAACUGAGCGCAAAAAGAAGGAGAAGCCCAAACUUGGCAUGGGCGAGAGCUUGAAAGUUCUGAUCUCUUCUAGAUAUGUGAGGGAUCUUGCCACCUUGGUUGUAGCUUAUGGUAUUAGCAUCAAUCUUGUUGAAGUAACGUGGAAAUCAAAGCUUAAGGCACAGUUUCCCAGCCCCAAUGAGUAUUCAUCAUUCAUGGGUGAUUUCUCUACCGCCACCGGCAUUGCGACUUUUACAAUGAUGCUUCUAGGAAGAGUGAUACUUAGAAAAUUUGGAUGGGGGGUGGCUGCCAUGAUUACACCCACAGUUUUGCUGCUCACUGGAGUUGGUUUCUUCUCUUUAAUUUUGUUUGGUGAGCCACUUGCCCCUCUGCUGGCACAAGUUGGCAUGACUCCUCUUCUUGCAGCUGUUUAUGUUGGCGCACUACAGAAUAUUUUCAGUAAAAGUGCAAAAUACAGUUUGUUUGAUCCCUGCAAGGAGAUGGCUUAUAUACCUUUGGAUGAAGAGAUGAAGGUAAAGGGGAAGGCCGCCAUUGAUGUUGUUUGUAAUCCCUUGGGAAAAUCAGGCGGUGCUUUGAUUCAACAGUUCAUGAUCUUAACUUUUGGCUCUUUAGCAAACUCCACUCCCUACCUGGGAGGAAUACUGUUGUUCAUUGUUCUUGCAUGGUUGGGGGCGGCAAAGUCUCUGGAUUCACAGUUCUCUCCAUUAGCCAAGCAAGAGCUGGAGAAAGAGAGGGUGAAGGGAAAGAGCAGGGAACCUGUGAUUGAUGUUUCUGCAAAAGAAGCUAAAAGCCUGGUGGAGAAGGAAGAUAAUGGCUCUCUUCCUGAACCUGAAUCAUCAGCAAAUGGUUCAGCUCUGCAACAGAAGAUAGUUUCAGAGCCUGAAACCCCAACCCAGCUUCCUCAGUAAGGUUUUUCUUCAGAAAAUUUUUCAGCAGGCCUCACCACCCCUUCAAAGGUUGAUUUGAGAUGUUUAACAGAUGCUUGAAACUUGAUACUUCAAUCAUCAAAUAGAGAAAAUUAGUGGGAGGUAUAGCAGUGGUUUCUUUUUAUCUAUUUUUUCAAAUGAAAUAAACUGCCUUAGCACUUUGUUCAUGCAUGCACCUUUGUUGUGAAUCGCUCCUAUGUUACAA